AUGACAGAAAUCCCGGUGGUGGACAUGUCUCUGUACAGAAUGGACACUGUCAGAGAAGAAGAGGUGGACACUGAGGCUAUUCAGUCUGUCGGAAACGCCAUAUGUUGGGCCUUCAGGAAUCUUGGCUUCUGUUAUAUUAAAAAUCAUGGCAUGCAACAAUCAUUGAUCCACAAAAUGUUUGCCAUGAGUAAAACUUUCUUUGAAAUGCCAAUUGAGUACAAAAACAAUUACCGACGUCAGCCCUUUACCAAUUCACUUGCUGGAUGGAUUCCUCGAUAUACUGAAAGUUUGAAUCCAGAACGGCCUGGAGACUACAAAGAGGCUUUCAACUACACACCUGUUGAUGGCACUGAGAUGUUACCAGAUUUGGAAGACUUCGAAAUCACCAUAAAAGAUUUCCGUGCCUCCUGUCAUACUUUAUCUCUUAGGAUACUUGACUUGAUGUCAGUAGGCCUAGACUUAGAGGACAAGUCCUUUUUACGAAAAUGUCAUGCAUAUUUUGGACAAAAAGGAAAUUCGUCGGUAUUGAAGACGAUAUUCUAUCCAGCGUUACCUCUUGAUGAAGGUAUCAAACCGAACCAAUUACGGUGUGGAGAACAUUCAGACUACGGAUCCCUUACACUGCUGUUUCAGGACGAUGCAGGUGGUCUAGAGGUGGCCAAUUUCGAUGGAGAAUACAUACCAGCAAACCCGAUCCCAGGAACAAUAUUGAUCAAUAUUGGAGACUUGAUGCAGAGGUGGACUUCCGACAAACUUAUCGCCACUAAACAUAGGGUGGUGAUUCCUGAGGAAGAGUUAAGAAAGAGAAUGAAUCGUCAAUCUAUUGCAUUCUUUAUCCAACCUGACGAUGAAGUGAUAAUCCGGAGCUUGGACAAGUCUGAUAAAUAUAAACCAAUUCAAAGUUUACAGUACCUACUGGAUCGUCUGGGACGUACAUACUGA